AUGCUCUUCGCAACCGCCCUUCUUUGGCAGAUCCUGGCCAUAGGCACAGCCGACGCCAAGGACGAACCCACCAUCAAAGUGAAUGACUUCGACCACUAUCCAAUCAACCUCAACUACUUCCAAGACUCCGAUGUCCUCCUGUUCCAAGACCAGAAAGCCGGCCUGGUCUGGCGAUCCGCCGAUGGCGGCGCCUCGUGGGCCAAGGUCGAUGAUGUCGACGAGGGCAAGGCUGCCGUCCUGGUCAUGCACGAGUUUGACAAUAACCGUGCCUACAUCCUGACCAAGGGAGUAUAUCAUUGGAAGACCCACGACCAGGGCAAGACAUGGCAGACCUUCUACACCGACUCGGAACCCAACUAUUACCGCAACGACUGGCUGGUCUUCCACGCGCAAGACCCCGACAGCAUCAUGUUCUACGGCAUAGAAUACGAGAGCAUUUUCUGGGAUGACGUCGUCAUGUAUACCACGGAUGGCUUCAAGUCCGACGCCAAAUACCUACGAAACAUGGUCGAUGGUUGCUGGUGGGCUGCAUCCUCAGAUCUCUUCACCACCGGUCAAAAGGACCUCGACGCCAGCAGGAUCUUGUGCACUGUCCGCGGCGACUUUUCACCCCUGAAAGAGGACAACCGGCUGCUUAUUUCCGACAACUAUUUCAGCGCUGUGAGUUCCGACGGUGUCAUACAACAGUUUGAGCCCAACCUCAACGGAGCUGGACCCGUUCAGGGUGUCGUGAACAUCGCCGUGGUCAAGAAGUACCUUCUCGCCGCCACCACGUCCAAGAACACAGACGAGAUGGCCUUGUACGUCACAGAUGACACUCUCAAAUGGCACCGUGCUGUCUUCCCAAGCGACCAUCGCAUCAACCAGGAGGCCUACACCGUCCUGGAAGGAACCAACUAUAGCAUCCAAAUCGACGUCAGCUAUGCCCGGCCCUCCAAUCCCAUGGGUGUCUUGCUCACGAGCAACUCCAACGGCACGUACUUUACCCGCGCUGCCGAGCACACAAACCGUAAUGAAUUCGGUCACGUUGACUUUGAGAAGAUAUCCGGCAUUCAAGGUGUCUUCAUGGUGAACCAAGUCAGCAACUGGGAAGACGUGGAAGAAAAAGGUGACAAAGUUGACAAGAAGAUCAAGUCCAAGAUCACCUUUGACGAUGGAAGAACUUUUGAAUCCGUCAAGGCUGGUGACAAGGAAAUCCACCUUCACUCCGUAACCGAGAUGAACAAUGUCGGUCGCGUUUUCUCCAGUCCUGCCCCCGGCCUUGUCAUGGGCAACGGCAAUACUGGUGAUUAUCUGAAAGCCUUUGCUGAUGCCGACCUCUACGUGUCUGACGACGCGGGCAGGAACUGGCUCAAGGGCCUUGAUGGGCCUCACAAAUAUGAGUUCGGCGAUCAAGGGUCCGUAUUGUUGGCCGUCAAGGAUACAAAGGAGCACGAUGUUAGCAAAAUCAAGUAUUCUCUGAACCACGGCAUAGACUGGUCCGAGGUUGCACUGGGCAACGAUCUCAAAGUCCGGCCCGGGGUCCUCACCACAACCCAAGACUCCACCAGCCUCAAGUUUGUGUUGACAGCCGAGUCAUCUGAUUCCAAGUUUCACGUUAUUUCCAUUGAUUUUGAUGGCCUUCAUGAGGAUACAUGCAAGCAGAGUGACAUGGAAGAUUGGGUUGCCCGGAAGGAUGAUGAUGGAAACCCUAGCUGCCUAAUGGGCCAUACUCAAACAUACCAUCGUCGAAAGAAGGAUGCGAAAUGCUUUAUCAAGCAAGAGUUCAAGGAUCCUGCUCCCAUUCCCGAGCCGUGCGACUGCAGCGAUAUCGACUUUGAGUGUGAUUUCAACUUUGUCAGAAAAGAUGGCAAAUGUGAGAAGGCUGGCCCGAUUAUCCCGCCAGAAGGGGCUUGCAAAAAGGGGGACCCAGAGGAAACAUUCAAAGGUACCAGUGGAUGGAGGCUUAUUCCUGGUAACGAUUGCAAGCGGAGGAGUGGUUCACAGAAAGACGAUACAAAGGAAUGGAAGUGUUCGGAUGCUGCAGCAACGCCUGGCGGUGGCGGUGGCGGUGGAGCAAGCGGCAAUAUCAGCCAUAAGCAAACUCCGAUCAAGGGCGAUUUCGUAAACUUCGAGAAGCAUUACCUCGAGCGUGGUGAUUCCAGCUCUAUACAGGAUGAAACGGUCAUCAUGAGGCCGCUCAAAACCGGCGGUAAUGGCGCUGGGGAUGUCAUGAUCUCACAAGAUCAUGGCAAGACAUGGGACACUCCCAAGCGGCUUGCAGAUGAAAGCAUCUGGUCCAUCACGUCACAUCAAUACUUCAAGGAUAUGGUCUUUUUCAUAACAAGCAAGGCCAAAGUCAUCUAUAGUGUCGACAAAGGUCAACAUUUCUACUCCUUCGAGACGCCGUAUCCUCCAAACUUCCAGCGUAGGACGUCCCCAUGGUCGUUUCAUCCUGAUCAGAAAGACUGGCUCAUAUUUCAUGGUCAGAGUUGCGAUGGCGAGGUGUGUCACGACAUUGCCUCCGUUUCCCGAGAUCGAGGAGACAACUGGGAAACACUGGCCCGAUUUGUUGCAAGGUGUGAUUUUACCGGCUCACAAGCCUACAAAGGUUUUGGGCGACCAGAGAAACAGGUCGUUUGCCUGAAGAGAGAGCGCGAGGAUGCCGAGGGAGACAAUCCAUGGAAUCUAGUCUACACCAACGAUUUCAUUGAGGAUAAGGGCAACAUGCAAGUUGUGCAUCGAAACACGAGAGACUUUGCCACCAUGGCAGAGUUUAUCGUCGUGGCAACCGAAAACCAGACAGCCAGUACUCUGCACGCUUGGGCCAGCGUCAAUGGGCAGAAUUACGCAGAAGCACAUUGGCCUUAUAACUUCGACGUUGGGCACCAAACGCUUUACACCGUUCUUGACAGCUCAACUCAUGCUGUCAACCUAUUCGUGGAGACUGCCGAAGACGAGAAACGCCGGUUUGGGUCUAUUCUGAAGAGCAACUCGAAUGGUACAUCCUACGUGGUUAGCAUCUCCGGAGUCAACUGUGACAAUAGCGGCUACGUCGACUUCGAGAAAAUGCUCGGGCUCGAAGGUGUCGUCCUUGUUAAUACCGUCGAAAACCCGAAUGCCGAUUCUGAGCCGAAGAAGCUACAGACCAAGAUCAGCCAUAACGACGGAGCCGAAUGGUCCUUCCUGCCUCCUCCGAAGAAAGACCUGGAUGGUAAAUCGUUCAGCUGCUCGAGCACUGCAGGCGACGAGAAUUGUGCGUUGCACAUUCAUGGCUAUACUGAGAGGGUCGAUCAUGGGAAGACCUACUCGUCCGAAGGCGCCGUUGGUAUCAUGUUUGGUCUGGGCAACGUUGGGGCUGUCCUGGGAGAUGCCAAAGAUGCUGACACUUUCAUGACUACCGAUGCAGGGAUCAGCUGGAACAUGGUCAAAAAAGGUCGGUGGACUUGGUCCUUUGGUGACCAAGGAUCCAUUAUCCUGCUCGUUCAACGAGACACUAGAACCAAAUCCAUUUCCUACACGCUCGACGAAGGUAAAUCUUGGAAGGAUUACGUAUUUUCGGAUUCGGAGGUCGUCGUCACUGACAUUACGACUCUUCGGUCAGGCGCCUCGCGCAACUUCUUGUUGUGGGGCCAUGAGGGCGAUUCACUCUUCACAGUCAAUAUCGACUUCUCCGGUCUCACCAGUCAGGAAUGUGUAUUCGAUGCGGAUGAUGCAUCCAAGUCAGACUAUGGUCUAUGGACUCCCGAACAUCCUAAGCAACCAGGUGGGUGCCUUUUCGGCCACAGGGCGGAGUACUUGAGGAAAAAGACGGACAGAACAUGUUUCAAUGCGCAAAGGCUAGUACACCGGUGGGGAUUCAACAACUGCACCUGCACCCGCCAGGAUUUUGAAUGCGACUACAACUACGAGAUGGAUAAGCACGGCCAAUGCAAACUCGUGGAGGGAUAUACUCCUAUUUCUCUCGAGCAAUAUUGCAAGGAGAAUCCCAGUGCGAUCGAGUACUACGAGCCAUCUGGUUAUCGCCGAAUUCCGCUCACCACUUGCUCUGAUGGUUAUGAAAUGGAUAAGGUGAAGGAGCCCUUUCCGUGCCCCGGUAAAGAGGAAGAGUUUGAAAGGGCACACAGUGUCUCCGGAAUCGCCAUCUUCUUCGCAAUUAUCAUUCCUGUGGGACUGGCAGCUGGAGCUGGCUGGUGGGUGUGGCGCAACUGGAACGGCAAAUUCGGUCAGAUUCGACUGGGCGAUCAUGGCAGCACCUUUGACAGCGAAUCUCCCAUGGUCAAGUAUCCUGUCAUCGCCAUUUCUGCUGUUGCAGCGGUUGUUGCAGCUCUACCGCUGCUUGCCUCAAGUCUAUGGCGCAGUGCCUCGUCCAUGAUUGAGAGCUUGACUGGCAGAGGAGGCUCAAGCUACAGCUGGCUUGGCAACGGCGCUCCUAGGAGGUUCACCACAAGAGACAGUUUUGCCCGUGGCAGAGCCGACUACGCUAUUGUUGACGAUGAUGAAGGUGAGCUGUUGGGAGAUGAUAGCGAUGAAGAGGUAUAA